GAAACCGGGUCCGCGCCAGCGCCACCGUCCGACCCGCCUGCCAGCGGCACUGCCGCGCUGCCGCCGCGCGUUCGGUGCGCCGCGCUCAGACCAUCCGGGAUGGGGCUUCGGGCGCUGGGUGCGCUCGGCAGCGGGCGCACGGAAGAGCCGCGGAGCGCCCGGAGGCGCCCGGCGGCCCGGAGCCCCGCACUUUAGGACCAGGAGAUGUUGGAAGCUCGGCCGCCUGUCCCCCCAGGAGCCGCCGCCCCCGGGACCCCCGGGCAUGGUGCGCGCCCCGGCCAGCAGCGCCCGGAGAGGACGGCGCCCUCUAGGCACCACGCGAGUGGCCCCGGCUGCGCCGCGCGAGCUCUCUAGGCGGCCGCAGGGCCACAGCAGCUCCGCCGCUGGCGCCCCCUCGGAAACCAUGACCCCCGGUGCGGGUCCAUGGAGCCAUGGCCUAUAGGGUCCUGGGCCGCGCGGGGCCACCUCAGCCGCGGAGGGCGCGCAGGCUGCUCUUCGCCUUCACGCUCUCGCUCUCCUGCACUUACCUGUGUUACAGCCUCCUGUGCUGUUGCGACGACCUCGGCCAGAGCCGCCUCCUCGGCGCGCCCGGCUGCCUCCGUGGCUCCGACGCGGGCGGCCAGAAACUUCUCCAGAAGUCCCGCCCCUGUGAUCCCCCGGGGCCGACGCCCAGCGAGCCCGGCGCCGCCAGCGCGCCCGCGGGCGCCGCGCCCGCCCCUCGCCUCUCGGGUUCCAACCACUCGGUCUCACCGAAGCUGGGUACCAAGCGGCUGCCCCAAGCCCUCAUUGUGGGCGUGAAGAAGGGGGGCACCCGGGCCGUGCUGGAGUUUAUCCGUGUGCACCCGGACGUGCGGGCCUUGGGCACCGAGCCCCACUUCUUCGACAGGAACUACGGCCGCGGGCUGGACUGGUACAGGAGUCUGAUGCCCCGCACCCUCGAGAGUCAGAUCACCCUAGAGAAGACUCCCAGCUAUUUCGUCACCCAAGAGGCCCCUCGCCGGAUCUUCAACAUGUCCCGAGACACCAAGCUGAUCGUGGUGGUGCGGAACCCGGUGACCCGCGCCAUCUCUGAUUACACCCAGACGCUGUCCAAGAAGCCGGACAUCCCGACCUUCGAGGGCUUGUCCUUCCGCAACCGCACGCUGGGCCUGGUGGACGUGUCCUGGAACGCCAUCCGCAUCGGCAUGUACGCGCUGCACCUCGAAAGCUGGCUGCGCUACUUCCCCCUGGCACAGAUCCACUUCGUCAGCGGCGAGCGGCUCAUCACCGACCCGGCCGGCGAGAUGGGGCGCGUUCAGGACUUCCUGGGCAUCAAGAGGUUCAUCACGGACAAGCACUUCUACUUCAACAAGACCAAAGGUUUCCCUUGCUUGAAAAAAACAGAAUCGAGCCUCCUGCCUCGAUGCCUGGGCAAAUCGAAAGGCAGAACUCAUGUACAGAUCGAUCCUGAAGUGAUAGACCAGCUCCGGGAAUUUUAUAGACCUUAUAAUAUUAAAUUUUAUGAAACUGUCGGGCAGGACUUCCGGUGGGAAUGAACCCCCGCGAAGCCAGGGCUCUCCCGCUUCUCCCCCGCGCGAGAUUCGCCCUUAGAGUCUGUCAUCCUCUGCCCGCAGCGAAGCCAGGCUUCAGCCCCCCUUCCCACCCAGGCUCCCUGCACAGCCAAGGCCAAGAGACGAGCGGGUGGGGAGACCCCCGCCACGAGCGCUCCCCUGGCUGUCUAGGCAAGUUGAUCUGUUCCUGGUGUGGUCAGUCAAUUCCAAAUCAUUUCCCUCCAGCCCUAGCAGGCCCUGGGAACACGCUUUAAGAAGAGUGGAUCUCCCACUUACCAUAGAUUUUAUCAGCCGCACGGGCUCUCGCUAUGAACACCGCAGGCUGUUGCUGGCACCGUUCACCCCCGGCGGGCCUGUUCAUUCCGAGUGGCAUGAACCUCCCCCAGCUUGUCUCCCAAGCAGCCCUGUGUCACAGGAUGGAAACCGAGCUCGUCCUCCUGACCUUGGCCGCUCAUGGAGAGGUUGCAGGGCCCGAAGCAGCCCCUGGUCACUCCUAGGAGACAGGUGGCUUGAUGAUGAAAUAAACCCGAGGUUCAAAGCCUAUGCGCUCAGCUCUGCCCGCAGGGUAACCGUCUUUGGAAACCGCUCUGUGACUCUCCACACCCUCUGUGGACUAAAGCACAUAUUCCUGCUGUUACGGGUACUUUCCUCACUCGAGCUUUCAUGUUCGGCAUGCGAUGGAAUCAUGCUUGUCCAUGUGAAAUAAAUAUGGCUCUCGUGUCCUUA